GAAGAGGCUAGAACAUGGCUCCUGAUUCUGUGACCUUGAGCUUCAUAGAGGAACUGAAAGACUCCUCUAUAAAAAGUCUAGCUUCAGGAUCUUCUCUCCUGUCCACCGGUCCGAGACUUCAGUGUUUGGAAGUAACAGCAAAGUUGCCUGCGUUCUCCAGGUGGAGUGGUUCUAAAUUUCUGGCGGCCAGUGGGAACCGAGCAGCAGCGGAUUCAGCCCAAAGAGGCUCAAGGCUGAGCCAUGGGAGGGGCCAGCGAAGGGGGCGGGAACUGAACCCCGGCGGACUUGUACAGUGUGCGGCGCCGGCUGCUCAGAGCGGAGCCAUGAGCUGGACCUGCCCGCGUUGCCAGCAACCCGUUUUCUUUGCAGAGAAGGUGAGCUCCCUGGGCAAGAACUGGCACCCAUUCUGUCUGAAAUGUGAGCGCUGCCACAGUGUCCUGUCCCCAGGAGGGCAUGCAGAGCACAACGGAAGGCCAUAUUGCCACAAGCCAUGCUAUGGGGCUCUCUUUGGACCCAGGGGGGUGAACAUUGGUGGUGUGGGCUCCUACCUCUACAAAUCCCCCACCCCCACCCCUGCCAGUGCUACUCCCCUUAGCCCCAGCAGGUUCAGCCCCCCCAGGCCCAGGACUGGCCUCCCCCAGGGCAAGAAAAGCCCUCCCCACAUGAAGACAUUCACUGGGGAGACCUCGCUGUGCCCCGGCUGUAAGGAACCCGUCUAUUUCGCUGAGAAGGUGAUGUCUUUGGGCAGAAAUUGGCACCGACCCUGUCUGAGGUGCCAGCGGUGCCGGAAGACCCUGACUGCUGGGAGUCACGCUGAGCAUGACGGCGUCCCCUACUGCCACAUCCCCUGCUAUGGCUACCUGUUUGGCCCCAAAGGUGUGAACAUUGGUGAUGUGGGCUGCUACAUCUAUGACCCCGUGGAGAUAAAAUCCAAAUGAGAUGCUCAUAGCAGAGGUCACCCUAACUCAGGCCUCCCAUCAUCCUCUCCAUGGUCCAAUGAAAGCUACAGAAUUCUCUAGUCCCAUGAGGGUGGGAGAAGGUGGGAUUCUGGCGGCCUGGGCCUAGGCUCCAUGGUAGACCGGAGUCUAGACUUUCUCUGCCAACUCCUCCCUUUCCCAUUCCUAUCUGGUCAGGGAACAUAGGCCACCCCAUUUGAAGGUUAGUGUCUUGGUCUUCCCAAUCCCUC